CCUUGCGCCCCUGUUCCCAACCCUUCUUUCGACCGUAUACAACAACCAGCACCAUGUCUUUUGGAAAGACCCUGUCGCUGAACACCAGCGCGACGAUCCCGCAGAUCGGGCUUGGCACCUGGCUCUCGAAGCCGAAGGAGGUUGAGAACGCGGUCGAGAUUGCCGUGCGCCACGGCUACCGCCACCUCGACCUCGCAAGGGUCUACGAGAACCAGGACGAGGUUGGCGCGGCCUUGAAGAAGGUUAUCCCCUCCGUGGUCAAGCGUGAGGACCUCUUCAUCACCUCGAAGCUAUGGAACAGCGGCCACCAGCCGCAGAACGUCGAGAAGGAGCUCGACGAGACCCUUGCCCAGAUUGGCACGGACUACCUUGACCUUUACCUCAUUCACUGGCCCGUCGCCUUCCAGCCGGGUAACGGCCUCUUCCCGCCCGACCCCAAGGACCCCAAGAACUACGUCGCGCUCGACCUCGAGACUUCCCUCGUUGACACCUGGAAAGCCCUGAUCGCGCUGCCCAAGUCGAAGGUCCGCGCCAUCGGCGUGUCCAACUUCACGAUCGAGCAGAUCGAGGGGAUCAUUAAGGCGACUGGCGUCGUCCCCGCCGCGCUCCAGAUCGAGGCGCACCCGCUGCUGCCCCAGGAUGACCUCGUCGCGUACGCGAAGGAGAAGGGCAUCCACAUCACUGCGUACAGCCCAUUGGGCAACAACCUCAUCGGCAAGCCCAAGCUCACGGACUACCCCGUCGUGCAGGACAUCGCGAAGAAGCUCGGUGCGACGCCCGCACAAGUACUCGUCGCUUGGGGCGUGCACCGCGGGUACUCCGUGAUCCCCAAGUCCGUCCAGGCCGAGCGCAUCCACAGCAACUUCAAGCAGGUCGAGCUGUCGGAGGAGGACUACCAGGCAAUUACGAAGGUCGGCGAGAACAAUCACACGCGGUUCAACAUCCCGUACCGCUACGAGCCGCACUGGGACAUCAACAUCUUCGGCGAGCCGGAGGAGGCGCCGGCGACGCACAAGGUGAAGAUCGCCUGAGGGGUGAGCGAAGAUUGUAUAGAAGACUGUAACAUCUGCACUGUAUCUUUAUCAUGAUAUAUUCUCGUUGCGAAGCA